AAAAAAAAAGAAGAGAAUAAAACUGAGAAUAUUUAAAAUUGGACUUGGGCUAGUAAAAUAAUUUUUAGAACUGUGAGGCCCGACCCGUUUCCAUUUGUUUCUUGAGCAAAGAGUUUUCGUCUAGGCUUUUCAGUGUAAGAGGAGAGAAGAAACAGAACAUAGGAAGCCAUUCUUAUUACGUUGCGUACUUGGGAGUUUCUGUGUCUGUUAAUAGAAAAUCUUUACCAUCGAGAAGAUGACCUUUACGAUUCCGAUUGAGAACGGGAAUGAAGUGAAGAACGCUGAGGCUGAUUCCCAAAGAACACUGUACCCGUAUGUUACUGGAACCUCAGUGGUCGCUAUCAAGUACAAAGAUGGAAUUUUAAUGGCUUCUGAUAUGGGAGGUUCAUAUGGAUCCACCUUAAGGUACAAGAACAUCGAGAGGAUGAAGGCUAUCGGUAAGCAUUCUCUUCUUGGUGCCAGUGGGGAAAUCAGCGACCUCCAAGAAAUUUUGCGCUAUCUCGAUGAGCUCAUCCUGAAUGAUAACAUGUGGGAUGAUGGUAAUUCCUUGGGGCCAAAAGAAGUUCACAACUAUCUGACCCGAGUUAUGUAUAAUCGCCGGAACAAGUUCAACCCUUUAUGGAAUACUCUCGUGCUUGGAGGUGUAAAAAAUGGGGAGAAGUACCUUGGAAUGGUCUCAAUGAUUGGUGUUAGUUUUGAGGACAACCAUGUUGCCACCGGGUUUGGGAAUCACCUAGCGAGGCCUAUUCUUCGUGAUGAAUGGCGUGAGGACCUGAGUUUUGAAGAUGGUGUCAAGCUACUGGAGAAAUGUAUGCGUGUACUUUUGUACCGUGACAGAUCGGCUAUCAACAAGCUUCAGAUAGCAAAGAUGACAGAGGAAGGCGUGACGGUCUCUGAGCCAUACUCGUUGAAGACAUUUUGGGAAUUCUCGGCGUUCACAAACCCAACAGUUGGCGCAGAAGGCUCCUGGUAAUAACUGAAAAACAGGUUCUGUUGUGGAGAUCUCCUAGACGGCUGUUUUCCAUUGUGUGAUGUUUGUUCUACGGUUUACACUGAAGUUGACUUCUGUGUUGAUAAAUUCCUGAUUUAGAACUAAAGGCUUUAUGAAUACUUUCUUACCCAUUUUAAAUGGUUUUAAUCUCCUA